AUGCUAUGCACUAUUCCGGAAAGUGAUGAACGGGGGGCCUACAAAGAGGUGUGGAAUCCGAACAAUCAAGUCGGCCGCUACCACGGUGAUGACGACGAGGUCUUAAUUGACCCCGUUGAAAGGGACAUUUCCAAACGCGACGAAAAAAUCAUCUAUAUUGACACCUCAAUAACGUACUGGAAGAACUUUUUUGCACUCACAACUGAAUCGGGAUUCGUGAGUUUUGUCGAGCAAAGGCGCCCGCCGAGUCUAUUCAGUAUGAUGACCCCUGAUGAGACCAAGACAACCCACUUGCGCCAACGGGAACAUUUCUACCAGUUCGAACAGUUGUAUGUCAUGGGAAGGGGCAUUGACCCCAUUUGGCAUAAGAUUAAGGCUAAUUUUUUUACACGUAUCUACAACGAGAUGUACCCUUUCCGAGUUAGGUUCAUGUUCGAGGCUUUAAGGGCAGAUCAGAGCCCGAGUAGCCAAGAAAUCAUAGCGUUCUCAACCGAAGAUUCAGAGUUCUUCCUUAUCAAGGAAGCCACGGAGAUGUGGGACCGACUUGUCAAAGUCAUCGGUGGGGUGCUCUCUCGUUUUCGUGAGCUCAGCGAUCCGAGGAUAUUGUUCAAUAUUUCCUUCACCAUGAUAGUCAUUGAGUAUCUUUAUGGAGAGAGAGAUGUCCUGUUAAAGUUUUAA